AUGAAGAUCAAGACCAAGCCCUCGUCUCACAAAUCGGAGAACACCUUUCGGUUUCUCACGUUUUCUGAGAGACUUGCUAACGUAAACAUAGAUGUCAUUCAUCGUAUCGACAGGACUGGGAGUUACGCUGAGGAGGUUGACACUUACUUUUUCGAAGGCUUAACGAAAUGGAAGGAUCUAAAUCUGACCGAACACUUCACGACCUUCCUGAAGGAGGUGAUACAGAAAAGCCAGUCCUUCAACCUGCUGGUGUUCCACCAGAACACUGUUGUGGAGAGCCUCAAGACUCACCUCUCUGUGAAGAACAGCAUGGCCUACCAGCCUCUACUGGAUCUUGUGGUACAGCUUGCCAGGGACCUCCAGACAGACUUUUACCCUCAUUUCCCCGAUUUCUUCAUCAUCAUCACCUCUCUCCUGGACACCCAGGAUACAGAGCUGAUGGAAUGGAGCUUCACCUGUCUUUCAUACCUCUACAAGUACCUGUGGAGGCUUAUGGUCAAAGACAUGCCCAAGAUCUACAGUUUGUACAGUAAGCUUCUGGCACACAAGAAGGGACACAUACGCAAUUUUGCUGCUGAGAGCUUCUCGUUUUUGAUGAGAAAGGUGGCUGAUUUUGAUGCACUGUUCAACCUCAUGUUUGCGGAUUUGGAGGAGAACCCUGGGAAAGUUGAGGGAGUGGGCCAGCUGAUCUUCGAGAUGUGUAAAGGUGUACGGAACAUGUUCCACUCUUGUGCCAACAAGGCCCUGCCGAUGGUUUUACGGAAGCUCGGUCCGGCUGGAGGGCAGGAUGUGACUCUGCCGUGGGAGCGUGUGAAGGAGGCUCUGGAUCACAUGGCUGAGUCCUCUGUCAGUUAUGUUGCCAUGGAGCAUUUACUGGUGCUGUGGGAUGGAAUAGAGGCCUGUAUGAAGGAGGUGAUGGAGAGACUGGGGACAGCUGACUCGGAGGAAGCCUCUCAGCAUCUGGACAGACUGCUGUUUAUCUACCACACACUGGUGGACAACCGCAAAGGAGCCAAGAUUACAAAGCCACAGUCUGUCUGUCAGACUCUACUUCAGCUCAUACAGACCUCUGGACUCUCCUACUCCAACUGUCGCCUCAUCCUCCAGGUGCUCUCCUCCCUCCUGCUGGGAGACAACGUCUCCCUGCCCGGCCACAUGAUCCAGGAGACUGUGAAAAAGGUGUUCUGCAGUGGGAUGGCUGAGGACCUCAUCCUGUCCUUCUCUAAACAGAUGUUUGACAUGAAACAGUUUGAACAGCUCUUCUUGCCCAGUCUUCUGCAGUACUGUGAGCAGAUGUUUGGCAGUGCAGACUCAGUGACCCGUUUACUGGCUCUGGAACUGCUCGUCUCUUUGAUCCUGGCCAAAGCAGAACCUCCCACUGACGGAUCUAUGGCCUUUGAAAAGUACCCACUGGUCUUCACGGGUCAGCCCACAGGGUGUGCAGGUGGAACAGAGGAGAGCCAGCCCAGUGAGAGAGAACAAACAGUCUCUGUGCCUGACUACAUUCUCUCCCUCAUUGACCUUCCUGAUGGAGGAGCCCCCACCGACCUCUCUCAGGCCUGGGCAGCCCUCGUCCUCCUGCCCCACGUCAGACCAUUGGAGGCCUCCAGUGUAAUUCCCACACUCUCUACCCUGCUGAUCCGACUGCUUAAUGAUGUGCUGAGUGAAACUCGGAGGAGAGGAGGACUGUUUGUGGCCAGACAGGCUCUGAGUACUCUCCUCAGCUUUAAGGAGUCUGCAGAGGUUCUCUCUCUGCUUCCUGUGGAACUGGUUAAAAGCAUAAUCCAGCAAUUCCCAACGGAUCUGUCUGCCCUGUUGCUAGGAGAUCUAUACUAUACCAGACUGUCACUCAACGGCUGUUCCGCCCACUUAUCCCACAAUUCACUUUUGGAGCUCCACUCAAUAUUGAGUGCAAACCUUUCCUCCAAUGUCUCGAAGAUUCGUCUUCUUACUCUGAGAAUUAUGACUCAUUUUGAGGCAGACCUUCCUAAGCCAGCUCAGAGUGAGGAGAGUACUGCCAGGCAGACAGUGUUUGCUGUAUGCCUCCAGGCUGAGUUAAUUCCUGCCACAGUACAAGAUUAUAGAGAGAAACUUCUUCAUUUACGUAAACUUCGUCGUGACCUUGUGCAGCCCUGUCUGCCUCUGGGCCCAUUUCAGGAGGUUCCGCUGCGCUACCUUAUCGCAAUGCUGUUUGUCAACUUCAGACCUCUUUGGGAUGCUGUAAUCGACCUGCUAGUGAGUCAUGCUCAGGAAAUGGACAAUAAGGAAUUCUGGAGAGUGUACUAUGAGCAGCUGGAGAUGGUGGCAGGGAUAGCUGAAAAUGAACUCCGUGCUGCUGAUGAUGAUGAAGCUGAGGACGAAGGUCGGCAACAGGACCGCGAUGCUGGCUCUGAUGUGAUUGACAGUGGGGAUGUGGGGGUUCUGUUUCUGGAGAGCUUGGACAAAGCUGCUGACCUGAAUGAGCGGACUGACUUCGUGAACUUCCGCAGCCUGCUGUGGAAAGCCAUGGCAAUGUUCCCGGAGAGAGUGGAACCUCGCAGCAGAGAGCUUAGCCCGCUGUUACUACGCUUUGUCAGCAACGAGUUUUACCCUGCCGAUCUUCUGGUGGCGCCAACACAAGACCUGAGGAAAAAGGGGAAAUCUUCGUUAGAGGAGGAGUCAAUGGUGGAAGAGGAUGCUGAAAUGAAGGAUGAAGAGGAAGAGAAAGAGGAAGAGCCUAAACGGAUGGAAAGAAAGGUGCCAAGAAGAGCAGCUGGCAAGCAACUCAUAGCACAUCUGAAAGUUUUCUCCAAAUUCUCCAACCCCAAAGCCCUGUACAUGGAGCCGAAAUUACUGGAGCUCUAUACUCAGUUACUGUGCCAUAAAGACUAUCAGAUCCAGAAGGUAGCCCUGGACUGUCUAAUGACGUACAAAGACCCACACAUACUCCCCUACAAAGAGAACCUGGAGAGGCUAUUGGAUGACAAACAUUUUAAAGAUGAGAUUGUUCACUUCAAUAUCUCUGAAGAUGGAGCAGUUGUGAUGGACUCACACAGACCAAAGCUUAUACCUGUACUAAUGAGGAUCCUCUAUGGGCGUAUGCGCACUAAAACUGGCAGCAAGUUCCAGAGUAAAGCUUCAACUGCCUCUCGCUCCUCCAUCAUCCUGCGCUUCCUGGCAGGCUGCCAGCCACAGGAGCUGGGCAUGUUCAUAGACUUACUACUGGAGCCUGUCUGUCACCACAGCCAAGGGUCGUGUUUAGCGGCUGUAGAGCGUGCUGUGAGAGAGACGGAUCUGUGGGCUGUUCUUCCUUUAGGACGUCAGCACAGUCUGUUGAAUAUAAUAGACGUGGUUAUUCACAAACUGGGCCAUCUCAUCCACAUCUACCUGCCCAAAGUCCUACAGAUUCUGCUGUGUGUCACUGCCUCUGUGUCCUUCAUUCUUGACCAGAGAGAGCAGGUGGGACUGAGAGGGGGUUGUAUUAAUCCUCUGAAGAAUCUGAGGCGUUUGGGGAUUUUACAUGUUCAGGAGUUCUUCAACGGUUUUGAGUCAUACAACUUCACUGCAGAUGAACUGGAUGCUGUGUUCCAGGCUGUGGUCUGGCCUCAGGUGUGUCGUCUGUCCAGUGAGAGUCCCUAUGCCCCCACACCCCUUCUCAGACUCAUCCAUGUGUGGAGUCAGAAUGCCAGGUAUUUCCCGUUGCUGGGCAAGCAGAGCCCAGAUCAUUCGGAGCGUGACAUCCUGACAAACCUUUUUGCCCUUCUUUUGGCCAAGAAUGUGUCUCCUGCUACUGUUUCCAUGGUGUUGGACAUAACGGAGAGUCUGUUAAUCACUCCAGACUACAUCCCUUCAGAGGGAGAGGAAGAGCUGACUGUGGAUAAUUGUGUGAUACCUGAGCCUCCUCAGGACUCAGAUAUUGCUACAGGUAUUAAGAACCCUCUGAGUGUGGGCUCCCGGCUGCUUCUCCCUCACAUCUCUACUCUGUUGCAGUAUCUCCGUGGUGUGGUCAGUAACUCUGACCGCAUUAAGAAGAAGAAGUUCAGAGCUCAGGUUGCCAAGGAGCUCAAUAUACUCUCAAAGAUAAGCAGGUUUGUGACUGACAAGGACCAGAGCUCUACUCUAAUCAGUCUACUGCUGCCAUACCUCCACAAACCAACCACUGCUCAGGACACACAGCUGGAUAUCCUGGGUACAGUGCAGAAUUUAUUAAGGCAGUGUACGGAGCCUGCUGUGUUUCUCAAACCACUCAGUGAACUCCUCUCUGUUCUUCACAACAAACUACCUCGCCAAGCGCUGUGUGCAGUCUAUCAGACUCUCUCAGACCUGGAUGGUGAACUGAAGUACAUCACAGACAUGGCUGUUCAGCUGAAUGCCUUCGACAGUAGGCACUUGGAUGAAAUUCACUUUGAUGUGCGUCUGACGGCGUUCCAGAAGGCCACCAAGCAGGUUAAAGAGAUGACCACCCUGGACAUGAGAUACCUCACUGCUCUCAUGCACAACUGCUUCCAUUCAUUUCAGAUUGGAGACAUGUCGCUGGCAGACAAUGCCACGGUGUGUCUAUCUGCAGUAAUAGCUCAGCUGGCUGCAGUAGGAAGCCCUGAGGGGGAAUAUAAAGAGAUAGUGCAGUACACCAUUCUGAAUGCACUGAGGAAAGGCCUGAAAAGCAAGACUGAGAGUGUGAGGAACGAUUACACCACAGUUCUCUCCUGUUUGAUCCGGACAUUCCCGUCUCGUCCAGAGUUCCGUGACCUGGUGCAGCUCACAGACUACAACGACCCAGAGUCAGACUUCUUUGAGCACAUGAAACACAUUCAGAUCCAUAGGAGAGGAAGGGCACUCAGGAAGUUUGCCAAGCAGCUGACAGAGGGGACUGUGGUGAUGUCAUCUCGCUCCAUGCAGAACUAUAUCAUGCCUUAUGCCAUGGUCGCUCUGUUCGAUGAGAAGCUACUCAAGUAUGAGAAUAUGACCUCAUCAGCAGUGGAGGUGAUUGGUGCCGUGUGCAGACGUCUCACCUGGUCCAAAUACCUGUACUACCUCAAACAGUUUGUACAUGUGCUGCAGACAGGAAUGGCAGAGCAGAAGUUGGCUGUCAGUCUUCUUGUGACCGUUCUUGAAGCUUUCCAUUUUGACCACGAGACUUUGAGCAAAGAAAUUGAAGCAAUGAAAAACAAGAAGCCGGAGGAUGCCGGUGCCAUGGAUGAAGAUGCUAAUGAAGAGGAGCAGAUGGACUCUGAGGAGAGUGAUGGUGAGGAAACCAUGGAGACUGAUGAAGUCACUAAGGAAAGCGAAGCCAAAGAGGCGGUUACAGCAGCGACGGAUGCCAUGGAAACAGGCACUGAUGACGCUGCGGUGAAGCCUAAGCCCGCUGCCAAGGUUGAUGGGAGAAAGCCACCUCCUGUCGUCAGCAGUGGACUCCCCCAGAGCAGAGAGGAUCUGGAGACUCUGCUCACCUCCAUACAUCACACGGUCACAACGACCAUCUUACCCCGACUCCACAAGUGUCUCACUGCCAAGGUAAAGAGGGAUGAUGAGCAUAAGAUGGUGAAGUCAAAGGAGGUCAUGGAUGAUGAAGUGGUGAGAGUACCCAUUGCUUUUGCUAUGGUUCGCCUCAUGCAGUCAUUACCACAAGACGUCAUGGAGGCCAACCUACCUGGGGUUCUGCUAAAAGUGUGCGCCCAUCUGAAGAAUCGAUUUCAGGAGAUCCGUGAUGUGGCUCGGAACACGCUCAUUAAGAUCGUAGAAGCUCUGGGCCAUCGUUAUCUACAGUACUUACUCAGAGAGAUGCAGGAUGUCCUGGUUAAAGGCUACCAGGUGCAUGUGUUGACUUUUACUGUGUACCAUCUGCUGUCGGCCCUGAAACCCUCCCUUAAGAGUGGAGACUUGGACCCGUGCAUGGCGAUAUUGGUUAAGAUUUUCAACAAUGAAUUGUUUGGAGACGUUGCUGAGGAGAAGGACGUUAAAGGUAUAGUUUCCAAGGUGAUGGAGGCACGUCACAGUAAGAGCGUGGACUCUUACGAGCUGCUGGCCCAGUUCUGCAGUCAGGAAUGCAUCACUCGACUCAUUGUGCCACUCAAAGAGGUAUUGGAGAACACCACUAGUCUGAAGGUGUCUAGACGUGUCCAUGCUGUGUUGAGAAGAGUGGUGGCAGGACUGCUGCUCAAUGACAGUAUGGGUCCUCAGUCCAUCUUACUGCUCAGUCACGGUCUGGUCAGCCAGAGUCUACCGCUGCUCACCAGCAAGAACAAAGAGAAGUCUACUCCCCCACCAGACCCACGCCUGCCGCCACCCUCUUGCCUUCUCCUGCCCCCCACCCCAAAGAGAGGAGGCCAAAAAGCUGCCAUCAGCGUCAAGACCAACAUGCACAUCCUGGUGGAAACCGGCCUGAGUCUGCUUCACCUGAGUCUGAAGAAUUCAAAGAUCAACUCUUCUGUGGCCUCAGUGAGGGAAAUGCUGGAUCCCUUUGUCUGUCUGCUGCUCGACUGUCUCAACUCCAUGCAUGUCAAGGUGAUAACAGAGGCUCUCCAGGUGUUUAUCUGGCUUUUGAAGUUCCCUCUGCCGUCUCUGGAUAAGAAUGCAGAGCAGCUCACACGCCAGCUCUUUGUUCUGCUUAAGGACUAUGCCAAGGCUGGGGCUGCAGGGGGAGAGAACUUUAACUUGGUCCAGAACUGCUUUAAGGCCAUAACUGUACUGGUUAAGAGUGUGACAAAACAUCGAAUCACUAACACACAGCUGCAAGUGCUGCUGGGAUACGCUGAGGAAGACAUUUAUGACCAUUCUCGCCAGGCCACGGCUUUUGGCCUGCUCAGGGCAAUCCUGUCAAGGAAGCUUGUGGUGCCUGAAAUGGAGGAGGUGAUGAAGAAAGUGGCUAAACUGUCAGUUACAGGUCCAAACGAACAGGUCCGAGUUCGCUGUCGUCAGAUUUACCUGAAGUACCUUAUGGACUAUCCCCUGGGGGCGAAGCUGAAGGCCCAGUUUGACUUCAUUGUUUCCCAGCUCAAUUACGAAUAUGACACAGGAAGACAGUCAGCAUUGGAGAUGAUGGCGUUCAUAUUCCAGACUUUUCCUCAGAACCUCUUACUGGAGCACUGUGGCUUGUUCUUCGUGCCUCUGUCAUUGGCCUUGGUGAACGAUGACUCGGCUCAGUGUAAGAAAAUGACUGCUCUGGCCAUCAAGUCCCUGGUGGGACAGCUGGACCUGGAACACCAGAACUCCAUGUUCACACUGGUCAACAGCUGGCUCACUGCAGAGAAGCUGUCUCUAAGACGACUGGGGGCCCAGGUGUGUGGUCUCUUUGUGGAAGUGGAAGGUGAACGUUUUGCCCGGCGUCUGGAUGCUCUGCUGCCCUUCAUUGAGAGAGAGAUCUGCACAUCUAACUUUGAAGAUAUUGAGGAAGAAGAAGAUGAAAAGGCUGCAGACAGAUUGCUGUUCUGUUAUCUGACCCUCAUCACCAAACUCAUUAAGGAUUGCAACUUUCUCCAGCUGCACAAACCAAAGGACACGCUCACCAGAAUUUGGGACCAUGUCAAUGCUCAUCUCCGCCACCCUCAUUCGUGGGUGUGGCUGACUGCCUCUCAGCUGUUUGGCCAACUGUUCGCUGCCCAUAAGCCAGAGGAGCUGAUUGCACAGUGGAGACAGGAAACUGUGUCCAAAACCACUCAGCCUGUUGCCUCGACCUUCCUUACCACCAAUCUGGACAAGAAGAUGAGAGAGCUGGUCUUAGCUUUCUGCCACCAACUGCGGUCAAAGUUCUUGGACAUGACUACAGGUGAACAGGUGGUGAAGAAUUUUCUGUUUGUGGCAAAAGUGAUCUACCUUAUAUCACCUGAAUCUGACUCUACAGCCAGUCAGCUUAUGGGAGAGGGGGAGACAGGAAAAGAGAACGAAAAUGGAGAACAUUCAGAGGAGAAAGACGAAGAAGAAAAAGAAGAAGGAGAUGAAGAAGAAGAGGAGGAAGAGGAAGGAGAGGAUGAGGAGGAAAAAGACGAGCAGGAGGAGGAAGGAGAGCUGGAUGAAAAUCGCCCUCCAUCUCUUCUGUGGGUGAUGAAGAAGCUCUCUGUUGUGGCCAAGAGAGAGGCUGCAGACUCACCCAAAAUUCCACUGAAGAGAACUUGUGUAUUUAAAUUCUUGGGUGCCAUAGCUGUGGACUUGGGCAAAGAGAGACUGAAUCCUUAUCUGAGCACCAUCAUCGCUCCUCUGUAUCGAGAACUAGACAGCACAUACGCAGAUCAAGAUCCCACUUUGAAGAAUCUGGCUCAAGAGCUCAUAGACUUGUUGAAGAAACUGGUUGGUUUGGAGAAGUUUUCACUGGCGUUUGCUGCUGUACAGAAAGAGGCCACGAUGAGGAGAGCCUCGCGCAAGAAACACAAAGCCAUGCAGGUUGUGGCCAACCCAGACAUUGCUGCUCGCAAGAAAAUAAAGAAGCAUCAGAAGAAAAGAGAGGCAAAAAAGAGGAAAUUAGAAUGUUUACAACCUGGACACAAAGCAAAAAAACACAAGAGCACCAGCCUUAGAAAUCUGGCCAUUCUGCAGUAAUUCUGCUUCGGUCUUAUGACAGCCCAGAGUCACCCAUCCAGUUUUCACGGAUCGUUCUUCGGGAACAUGAGCAAAGCUGGAUAGUUGGACUGUGUCCUCAGUGGGGAACAG